CCAGCAAGCUGUGCGACGCGCCGGUUAUUAGCCUCUUUGUGCCAUCCGGGUCUCUCGCGCGAGCGACUUCAGUCUGGCGAAGCGUUUAGGCGGCCGGUACUGUGGAGAGCGGGAAGUGGAGGUGCCGCCGUAGCGGCCAGGACUCUGCACUAUGGCGGCUAGUGAUACAGAACGAGAUGGACUAGCCCCAGAAAAGACAUCCCCAGAUAGAGAUAAGAAAAAAGAGCAGUCCGAUGUAUCUGUUUCUCCCAGAGCCUCAAAACAUCAUUAUUCAAGAUCACGAUCAAGGUCAAGAGAAAGAAAACGAAAGUCAGAUAAUGAAGGAAGAAAACACAGGAGCCGGAGCAGAAGCAAAGAGAACCAACUUCUUCUUAAAACAGGCAAGAAGACAUGAAUCCAAAGAUAAAUCCUCUAAGAAACACAAGUCUGAGGAACAUAAUGACAAAGAGCAUUCUUCUGAUAAAGGAAGAGAGCGGCUAAAUUCAUCUGAAAAUGGUGAGGACAGACACAAACGCAAAGAAAGAAAGUCAUCAAGAGGCAGAAGUCAUUCAAGGUCUAGGUCUCGUGAAAGACGUCAUCGUAGUAGGAGCAGAGAGCGGAAGAAGUCAAGAUCCAGGAGUAGGGAGCGGAAAAAGUCAAGAUCCAGAAGCAGAGAGAGGAAGAAAUCACGAUCCAGAAGCAGGGAGAGAAAACGUCGGAUCCGAUCUCGUUCCCGCUCAAGAUCAAGACACAGACAUAGGAGUAGAAGCAGGAGUAGGACAAGGAGUAGAAGUCGAGAUAGAAAGAAGAGAAUUGAAAAACCGAGAAGAUUUAGCAGAAGUUUAAGCCGAACUCCUAGCCCACCUCCCUUCCGAGGCAGAAACACAGCAAUGGAUGCACAAGAAGCUUUAGCUAGGAGGUUGGAAAGGGCAAAGAAAUUACAAGAACAGCGAGAAAAGGAAAUGGUUGAAAAACAAAAACAACAGGAAAUAGCUGCAGCAGCUGCAGCUACCGGAGGUUCUGUUCUCAAUGUUGCUGCCCUGUUGGCAUCAGGAACACAAGUAACUCCUCAGAUAGCUAUGGCAGCUCAAAUGGCAGCCUUGCAGGCUAAAGCUUUGGCAGAGACUGGAAUAGCUGUACCUAGCUAUUACAACCCAGCAGCUGUGAAUCCAAUGAAAUUUGCUGAACAAGAGAAAAAAAGGAAAAUGCUGUGGCAAGGCAAGAAAGAAGGAGACAAAUCCCAGUCUGCUGAAAUAUGGGAGAAAUUAAAUUUCGGAAACAAGGACCAAAAUGUCAAAUUUAGGAAAUUAAUGGGUAUCAAGAGUGAAGAUGAAGCUGGAUGUAGCUCCGUUGAUGAAGAAAGUUACAAGACAUUGAAACAGCAGGAAGAGGUAUUCAGAAAUCUAGACGCUCAGUAUGAAAUGGCAAGAUCACAAACCCACACACAAAGAGGAAUGGGAUUGGGUUUCACAUCAUCAAUGCGAGGAAUGGACACAGUUUGAAGAAAAUCACACUUUAUACUUGGGACUUUUAUAGACUUCUGGUUCUGAUGUCAGGUCCUUGUUCACCAAACAGCUGGCAUUCUAGCUUGCAUGGGUGUUGCAUUGACUUUAAUUUAUUGAAAAAAUACGAUUUUUUGUAAAUAUCAGAUCAGUGAUAAUGGUGUUAGUGUUGUAAUCAGGUUAAACCCGCUUCCAUUAAACUUGACAGGACUACAGAAGGACAAUAUUUUUUAGUUAAUGAAUUCUACUUUUCAAAUAUAUAAAAGCUGCAGAUGGGAUAAAGUCUCAUACAUGGAUUUUUGGUGUCCACUGUCUUGUGUACUUUUGUACUUAACCUUGUACAGUUAUUUUCAUCUCUUGAAACAUGAAAGAAAUGUUAUGUAGAUGUUCUUUAGAAGAUCUGGCCAUUUGGUACAUAAUCCAGCACAAAUAGGCUGGGUGGUGAUGAUAAUAAAAAUGGUUUUCUCAAAA